ACAGAAUAUGGUGCUCUAAAUGAAUUGAUUAAAAAUCCACAACCUCUGCGAUUCAUUUUUCAUCUGCUUGAAGUGCUGCAACCGGAAGAUUAUGAGCCAGAUAGCUGGCAACUGGAACCGCAUGAAAAGUUGGCAAGUGUUGCAAAAUUGAAAGAGGCCGGUAAUGAGUUCCUGAAAAAGGGUGAUUUGGAAAACGCAUCUUUGAAGUACCGCGAAGCACUGAAUCGAAUAGAAACACUGCUUUUGCGCGAGAAGCCCGGUGAUCAUGAGUGGAUUGACCUCGAUAAGCAAGUUGGUUUUUUUUUUUUUUCUUGA